UAUAGCAGGUUAUUCAUGUUAAUAUCCAAUCGGGAGACGGAUUGACGUCACAGCGCUCGCGAGCAGCAGGAGGACCAAACAAGCAGCAACAUCCCUGAGCGCGCGCCCAGCAUCUCCGCAGUGAUAAAAGAUAAGAUGGCCACCUCCUCCUCAUCCAAUCUAGAAGAAGACGAAAGUCUAAAAGGCUGCGAGGUUUUUGUGCAGAAACACAACAUACAGCAAAUCCUGAAAGAGUGCAUCGUCAACCUGUGCAUCGCAAAGCCCGAGCGGCCCAUGAAGUUCCUGCGGGAACAUUUUGAGAAGCUGGAGAAGGAAGAAUGCAAGCAGAUCAUGGCCCGUCAGAAGUCCAACUCACAAUCGGAUUCUCAUGAUGAUGAAGUUUCUCCUUCUCCUCCAAACCCGGUGGUGAAGGCCCGGCGCCGCAGAGGUGGAGUCAGUGCUGAGGUCUACACAGAGGAGGAUGCAGUCAGCUAUGUCAGAAAAGUCAUUCCAAAAGACUACAAGACAAUGACGGCCCUGGCCAAAGCUAUCUCUAAGAACGUGCUCUUUGCCCACCUGGAUGACAAUGAGAGAAGUGACAUAUUUGAUGCCAUGUUUCCAGUCACACAUAUAGCCGGGGAAACAGUAAUCCAGCAAGGUGAUGAAGGAGACAACUUCUAUGUGAUUGAUCAGGGAGAAGUUGACGUGUAUGUAAAUGGUGAAUGGGUGACCAGUAUUGGAGAGGGUGGCAGUUUUGGAGAGUUGGCUCUGAUAUACGGAACUCCACGAGCUGCUACUGUUAAAGCUAAGACUGACAUGAAACUGUGGGGCAUAGACAGAGACAGCUACCGCCGCAUCCUAAUGGGAAGCACGUUGAGGAAGAGGAAGAUGUAUGAAGAGUUUCUCAGUAAGGUGUCUAUACUUGAAUCUCUUGAUAAGUGGGAGAGGUUGACCGUGGCUGAUGCCCUGGAGCCUGUACAGUUCGAAGAUGGAGAGAAGAUUGUGGUUCAAGGAGAACCAGGAGAUGACUUCUUCAUUAUAACAGAGGGUACAGCAUCUGUCCUGCAACGUCGCUCUGAUAAUGAGGAAUAUGUUGAAGUGGGCCGUCUGGGACCGUCGGAUUACUUUGGUGAGAUAGCCCUGCUGCUGAACAGACCUCGUGCAGCUACAGUUGUGGCUCGGGGUCCGCUUAAGUGUGUGAAACUUGACCGGCCCCGUUUCGAGCGCGUUCUCGGCCCCUGCUCUGAGAUCCUCAAGAGGAACAUCCAGAGAUACAACAGUUUCAUUUCUCUUACAGUCUAACUCGACCAUCUGAUGUGUGUCGAGAGGUUUAAGACCUCCAUCAGGUGAUUUGGGUGCCUGGUUGCAUAAAACAACUUUUCAUAUAAGGAUAGUUCACCCAAAACUGAACAUUCUGUCAUCAUUUACUCACCCUCAUGGGUUUGGAUUAAUAUGAGGGUGAGUAAAUGAUGACAGAAUUUUCAUUUUGGGUGAACUAUCCCUUUAAACUGUUAUCUUAACUAUAGAUGAGUUGCUUUGAACAUAGGCGACCCCCUAUUUUUAUUAGAAAUAUACAAGUAGUAUUGAAGUUCUUUUAUGCAGCCAAGCAUUAAUUUUUUUCAGUUUUUGCAAGAAGCACAAGUUACUAUUUUCUGCUAUUUAUCCUUGCGUGAUUUCUUUUUUAUGUGCACUUUGAAUUGAUCUAUGCUGCCGCAGAGCUUUAUUUCUACAGAUAAAGAGAGGAAAUUAUGUGCCCCAUCUUCAUGUGGCAUGUGUAUAUGUUCUAUAACAGAAAUGCAUUUUGUACACUUGCCAUUCAAAUUCAGCUUAUAUGACUAUUCAGAUGAUUGAAGAAGAGGGUGAUAUUACAGAUGGCACAAGUAUAUGAAUACGUUUACAUAGCGGAGAGAGUGUUUAUAGCUUUUUGCCUUUUAGAUGUGCGUGUGCAAUGUAUGGGGCAGUUUGCAGUUUUGAUCAUGAGCUCUGACCCUGUGAUGCAAAAUUCUGUGUGGGUGAAUCCCACAAAACCUGGUAAGAACAUGUCCGGAUUAUAUUUAACCCCAAAAUCAAAAUAAUUAAAUACAAAAUUAUAUUUUUCUCAAUGAAAAUGAAGCCUUUUGUAUUGUGACAUAUUUUUUUAUGACAAUAAAGCAGAUUUACCCAUCCCAUUGUCAUUAAUGUAAUGCAAAAAUUAGUGUUUAUAAAUCAUGGUAGUAUUUGUUGUACUGUUUAAUUUAUACUGAUUUCAAGAAAUAUCUUUGUAUUACAGUAACUUUUUACCGUGAAUCUAAUGAGAAUUAAUAAGAAUCACUAUUGAAAAUAUUGAUAAUAUAUAGAAAAACUCCAAUCGCAAUACGGUAAUGAGAAUGUGGGUGGAAAAUGUCGUUAUUUGCCUUGAAAUAAUGUCACAAUGCAAAAAACAUCAGUGGUCCUAAAAAUACGCUUUAUUUUUUUAAUCGCUUUAACUCCGGCGAGUCCAAAAGGGGGCGCUAUAUCGUGAAAAAAGUCCCCGUGUACAUAAGUCAGGCAUAUGUGGUAUCGUUGAAAGCUUAGAAUCUGAACUUUUCAUAGAUAACCAUCUCUGCUGCUUUUAUGUUACAUAAAAUAACAAUAUAAAACAUCCGCUUCGCAAAUAAGCGCCACCUAGUGGUAAUGUGACUGAAAUAUGAAUAUGAAUAUGAAAAGUCUUUAAAAUAGCAUUUAAAUGGACAAAUCAUAUAUCAAAUGAAAGCUCUCAAUCUCAGGAACAUAUUUUGUUGCACUAAUACCACAGUUUAAAGGAUUUUCAAAAGAAUCACAAAGUAAAAUAUGAUGUUUGUAAGACAUCAAAUACAAACGUCUCUUUUAUGCACUGAUAACUGCUGCUGUAAGCCCCAAAUAGCUAAAAACUUAACAUCUGCUUUUACCUUUUAUCUUUCUCUAAAACUUGAGCCAUUGUUUACUUGUCUGUGAGCUUGCUUGUGUGAAUAGUCUAAUGUUAUAUUUUAGAUGUCCAGAACAAAAUAUACAGUGCUGCUGGAAAAGCUUGUUAAACGAAUCAUCAGAAAUAUAUGUUAUUGACUAUUAAUGAUAAAAUGUUAUACAUCAUUGCAAAGCGGAGGAUCUCAGCUUUCUAAUGACACUUGGACAGAGCUUCUAGUCCACUCAGAGGCCAAGAUUGUUGAUGAAAAAAUGUGGGUAGUGCGUGAAUUGAUAAUUAGACUGAAUGUCUAUGGACAAACAUAUCUGCGAUGGCUAAAAUGCGUUAUAGUGCCACUUACAUUUCAGGCAUUUUGAAGGUGAUAGAUGAACAAUUCUUUUGUCUAGUACUUCCUGCCAUCUAGUGGAAUAAAAUAAGUCUAAUUUGAGGGAGAUGGGGUGAACAGAACCAAAAUUACUAUGCUAACAAAGUUACGACUAGUUUGUUUUUCAGUUUAUCAUACGAUUAUAAACACAUACAAUAUUAUUUAUGAAUAAUUGGAUUUUUUUUUUUAUUUAUUUGGGGGGUUCUCUGAAAAAUUAGACCAAUUUUUUUGCAAUUAUUACACAGUAUGUGUAAAUGGUGAGCUUUUAAAUUUGAGUGUGAAAAAUUGCUGGUGGCAGCCCAAAAAUGCUUUAGUGUUGAAGAGGUUAAUGGCAUUUUUUUUAUUUAGUUUUUUUUUUUUUUUUGGGGUGAAAUGUAACCCGGAUAUGUUUUUGUGAGAUUCACCUGUUUACUGAAAAUACAUAUUUGCUGUUCUGUACAUUUUCGUCUUGGCUGUUCCAUCACCCUUUAAGUUCUCUUGCACUGUGCUUCUACCACUGAAAUUAAUGGGAAGGGGGUUUGUUACAUUUUAAGACACACGUUUUAAUUAAGAAUGGAUAUGAAAGGGGCUUUUAUGGGAAUCUUGCUCAAGCUCAAGGUGUGUUGUAAAAGUUUAUUUGAAAAUUCAUGCUGUUCCUUUGUUUUUGGAAUUGUAUUACACACACAUGCACAUACACACACUCUUACUGUACAUGCAGAGGCCAUGACAGGUUUACUUUAGAUGGUACUAUAAUGGAUACAUUCCAAAAUGUAAUUAAAUGGAUAAAUCAGCUGUAUCUAGCAAGCUGCCUACCUAAAGAGCAUUUCUAGGCAUCAUUGGCACAUUUGAAAUGUUUGAAAUUUGCCUAUGAUGCACGAAACUGCUGUCUAGGUUGCUAACAAUGUUUGGAGACACCAUCAUUGUUUGUUUCUUGUUAUUUAACAAUAGGGUGGGUUUUUGCAGUUACGUUUAUUAAAAUGAAUGUCUUUGAGGAGAUUUGAAUGAAUUUGGGAGAUUGUGCAUGCUUUGUUUCAAGGUUUUACAAACUUUAACACACACACUGAACUUUACACACAUCCUGUCAUUCUAAUCUUUAGGCCAAUAAAGAAAAGCUUCUGAACACCAUUAAAAGCCUUGUAGCUGUUUCCAGCAUCUGUUUGUCUAUUGAAAUCUGCCUUUGAUCUUACCUUAUCAUUCUUCCUGUCAGUUUGACUCUCGUUCACCCUGGGUCUCUCUCUCUCUCCUUCUCUCUCUCUCCUUCUCCCUCUCGUUCUCUCUCUCCCUUUACUUGCACUGCCAGUCAGAUAUCAGCUUGUAUUGUUAAAG